AUGAAACUGUGGAUCAAAUGGCUAAAGAAGCAACACAUAGUGGUGAUUGUGAGUACUACGCGAAUUGGACAUCGUGUGAUGGGUAUAGUUCAUCGAGGUGCUUGUCGAAAUUAUCUUCGAGCUCACCCCGAUCUGUUGUGGCCAGUCCCGGAUCACUGGAGUCUCGAAGACGCAGCAACUGUUCCUUUAGCUUAUGUGUAUGCUUUUUACUGUCUAAUAAUUAAAGCAAAACUUUAUUCGGGUAUGAAAAUUUUAAUACACGAAGGAGCUGGAGCACUAGGCCAGGCUGCCAUAUCCAUUGCUCUGGCACACAAAUGUCAAGUGUUCACUACAGUGGGUGACGUGAGAAUGAAAAGUUUCUUGAAAAACCUCUAUCCAGAAUUGAAAGAACAACACAUUGGGAAUUCUCGAGAUGUGACUUUUGGUGACAUGGUACUAUCAGCAACAAAUGGGAAAGGUUGCGAUGUUGUAAUAUGCAAUGUUGUACCCUGGCUCAAACAUGUUUCACUUCAAUGUUCUGGUGCUCUAGGCAUUGUUAUUGACACGGCACAAAUACAAAAUCAGCACAAGUUCGAAUUCCGUAUGAAAAAUUUAAUGAAAAGUAGAUCCUAUGCGAUUACUGAUUUUGCAUCCAUUUUCGAUUCUGCGAAUAGGGAAGAAUUGAAAAAAUUACAGAUUCUCAUGAGUGAGGGCAUAUGUGAGGGCUACGUGCGACCACUAGGGCGAGUGACUUAUGCUGCAGAUGAAGCUCCACGAGCUCUACGCCUGUUAUCGAAGAGUUGGCAUCGAGGACAUGUGCUUUUAAGACUUACAGAUCGAGCGCUUCCAGCUAGCCUUAGGAUUAACUGUACUUCUGAAUGCAGCCAUUUAAUCAUCUUCAGCGACGAAUAUUUUGGUAUUCAGUUGGCAAAAAGGCUUAUCAAUAGAGGUGCCAGAAUGUUACAUAUCUGUUGUUCGAAGCCUUCGUGGUAUCUUCAACAUCAAACAGAAAAUCUUAAAUCUCUUGGAGUUAAUGUUAUCGUUUCUUCAAAUAAAUUAAAUGAUUUGGAUGAUGUUGCAACCGUGCUAAAGAAAACUAUAGCCAUGGGACCGGUAGAAGGCGUAUAUGUGACGAGCUUCAAAGAUAUGGACAAUAAAUACAUAUCAAAUAGCUUGGAAUACCUUGAUGUUAUGUCACGAAAAUUUUGCCCAUCCCUCAAAUAUUUUGCAGUGAUUACAAAUAGUGAAAACGUCGGAAAACAAACGUCGAUUUUCAGAGCGAAGGAUAAUUUAGUUAUUUCACGUAUUGAAGUUCAAAAGCCAGAUUUUUGUGGGGAUACACAUACUGAAGUACUGUUAGACAGAAGAGCUUGGGAUCUAUCGCUAUUAGACGCAGUCGAGACUGGACUUUGCUCCAAGCUUCCAUUGUUGGUCGCACAAAUCAACACUGAGACGUCGCCGCUGUAUCAACAGCUUGCUGAUGUCGCUGAUCUUCCAUUAUUAAAAGAGGCUGGCGACAUGACCACUCUACAAGAUUUGGCUGCUGGAAGUGACAAUAUAAAAGUAAUUAAGGAAUUUUUACGUCUGAAAUAUCAUGUUUGUAUUUCGGAACACAAAAUUUUGAAGUUAAAUAAACAAAAACUUCGAGAGAUAGAUUUUCUUGAAAACCACUUUGAGAACAAACAAGGUUUGGCUGUUUACUUUUCUCAAAUAGCUGAAGAUGAGCUCAGUUCCGAUACUUAUAUAUACUUAUUGCCUACUCUUGGUAAUGCAAAUGCGGAAAAACGAUUCGAUGCACUGAAAUCUGAGUACUUGUGCGUUGUUCCUGGGAUUGAAGGUCAUCACGUAAGAUUUCGUGGUCUCUGCGAGAGACUCAAACUGCCCGCGCUGGUGCUGCAGCCAAGUUUGGAUGUGUUGCACGAAACCAUAGAACAAGCCGCUCAACGCUACUCUAAGAUACUCAUGGAAAAAAUUGGUGUCGGUAAUAAUUUCUACUUGCUUGGGUGUGAUAGUGGAAUUUUGAUUGCGAUGGAACUAGCUGCAAUACUUGAGAAAAAUG